AUGCAACCUCCAAUCUCUACCCGUUUACCACUGCCCAGACGUCAGCGCUUUGUGCCCAUUCAUGACACUUUCCCCGACGAAGCACUGGAACGUCCAGCACGCAAGAAGCAGGCCGUGGGCCAUGCCGUUCCUCAACCACACGCGCAACUCAGCGUAGAGACAGGGUCAAGCUCCGUGUAUGAGGUCAUCGAUAUCUCCUCAGACGAAGACACUGGGCCCCCGCCGCCUCGGAAACGUGGAAGGACGGCAGAACGCGUGCCGUCAAAGUCGGAGCAGGACUUACAAGAGAAUUGGUUCUCGAAGGCAUUGGCCAUCCACUGCGCCUCUCACCCAGCCUACGACAUUCAUUCUCUCGUUCCUGACAAGUACCGCCUCGCGCUUUCUCGGCAUGAUCUCCCACCGCAGGCUCGGAUCGAGGUGGAGCUCAGUGUAUUCAAGAUCCUCCGCCAUGUUGCGCGUCCGAACUACACCUGCCCCACGUGCCGCAUGCUCGUCGGCUCUGCCCCGACGGAAAACUUUGUGCUGAAGAAAGUGGUUCAGGCUGCUGCCGGUGUGGACGGUCAAGCCGGUCCAGACGCAGAGCAAGUCGUUGGCACAGGUCCCUUUGGGGGAUUCUUCUUUAAUUACAAUUUCUUGUUGGCAUAA